AUGACCGCGUGCUGGAAAAGAAUGAGACCUUCUCUUUUUAAAAAUGCUGGCUUUGCCAACGUCAUUCCCAGGGUUGAAUUUGAAAAAAAAAAGCUGUUUUCAAUCAGCGAAAAAGCGACUGCUUUUACAGGACAAAGGACCGUCUCGCUGGUGUUGAAUGUUCUCGCUGUGGGUCUAUCAGCCGUGGCUCUGAGCAGCACGUACUGGUGUGUCGGGACACAGAGAAUACUCAAACCUGCCUGUACCGAGUUCAGGAGGACAGACUGCACCGUUCCCCUGGACAUGGAGACAGGGGCGGACAGCAGCACUGGGCACAGCCAGUACAACUGGGAAAUGGGAGACGAUCGUUUCACCUUCCGAUCAUUCCACACGGGGAUCUGGAUCUCCUGUGAAGAGAACAUCACAGGCACAGGGGAAAGGUGCCGGAGUUUCAUUGAUUUGGCCCCCGUCACUCAGCAAGGUAUCCUGUGGCUCUCGUUGGUCUCUGAGGUUCUCCAUGUUGGCCUGCUCUCCUUCAGUUUCCUGCUGAUGGGGUUAGACUUCUGUUUAUCUGGCAACCCUACCUGUGGCCUCAAACUCAACGCGUUUGCAGCCAUUUUCUCUGUUUUAUCGGGGUUGCUCGGAAUGGUCGCCCAUAUGAUGUACUCGCAGGUUUUCCACGUGACAGCGAGUCAAGGGCCUGAGGACUGGAGACCCUAUCGCUGGGACUUUGGCUGGUCCUUCUAUUUCGCUUGGGCUUCCUUCACCUUCUGCAUGGCCUCCUCAGUCACUGCUCUGAACAGCUACACCAAGACAAUCCUCGAGUUUAACCAGCUGCAGAAAACCUGCCAGCGCUAUUCGGUGCGGGGGCUGGAUUCUCUCCCGAGACGGUCCAGUCGCUCAGUCCAAACCUUUCCCGAUCCGGUUCUCGGCCUCCUGACCUGCAGGCCACCAGCAGACGAACUCGACACCGCGUCCCUUGGUGAUGAAUGUUGUUAACUGCGGGAAGACAGACUGUCUCUGCCUUCAUCGAUACGAUCCCUUUCCGAUAUU